AUGUCAUCUAAGGGAAACAAUAAUGAUCACGGUAAUUCUCGGUCUAAAAUAUUGGAACGCUCGGUAGCCAAUGCUCAUUUAAUAACAACAAUCAAAGAUCAACUAAAACAAUUGGAAAAAAAAGAACAACACUUAAUUGAUAAACAAAAUCAACUGAAAAAAUAUUUAUCCAACGAACAUGCUCGAUGUUCAGAUCGUCGAAAAAUACUAGAACAAUAUGAUAUUCAUUUGAAGCGUGACAAACAAGUUAAAGAAGGAUUAGAAAAAGACGAAAAUGACUUGAGUAAACAAUUAAGUAAUUUAGAACGAAGUAAUGAUGGAAUUAUUAAUGAGCGAAAUUAUUUACAAUUAUCAUUAAAUGCCAUAGAUGAACAAAUUCAAACUAUUCGUCUGAAUCUAACAUCAAAUGAAGAAAAGAUUGAACAAGAAUAUACAUCACGUGGUAUACAAGGAGAAAUAGAAAGUACAGAUCGAAGAAUCAAAGAUAUUACAAAUGAAAUUCAACGAUUAGUGAUGAGCAACAAUCGAGUUAUUGAACAACAAAGUCGAAUUUCAUUGAGUAGUCAACAAGAUACAAUAAAUAAAAUGAUUGAACAAAUUCAUAAGGUCUUACAAACAACAAUAAAUACAAAUUCAGUUCAACAAUAUCAAGAUACUUUACAGACUACUAAACAAAAACUUAUCGCAAUACACAAUCAAUUAGAUAUGGAUCAAAGUCAAUUAACUAGCAAUUUCAAUUCAAUACACCAACUUCAACAACAACGUGCCUCGUUGGAAGCGGUGAAUGAAGCGAAACGAUAUGAUAUGCAAUUAUAUAAACGUUUGGAACAAGAAACUCCAGAAUUAAGUUUCAAGAAUAGAAUAAUACAACAAAAUCUUGAACUAUUAUUUGAUCAAAAAGAUCGUAUCGUCAAGGAAAUGAAAAAAACUGAGAUUAAAAUUCAACAUAAACAAAGUGAAUUACAAGCAUUCAAUCGACGAACGAAUUACUUAUUGGACACAAUGAAAAUGGUACAAAACGAUUUGUUACAAGGAGAAAAUUCUAUCCAAGAAACAGAGUUAAAUUUAAAAGAAAUUGAGGAACAGUUGGUACAAAUGAAUCAACUCUUUAAUGAAAGUCAACAAAAAUUACAAGAAUUGAAUGCCUCAGUGGAUAAAACAAGAGAAAGUUUUCAAUCAAUACCGAAUAGAAGCAUAGAAAGAUUCACCAAGAACCAUAAUAAUGAUCAACACAUUGAAGUUAAGAUAAGACGCACAAAAAUGUAUACUUCAGAAGAAGAUGACCAUAGCAAAAAGUUAAUUUGGAAUUAA